UUUGCCUUAUAAUUGCUGGAAUGAAUGUAUACCACAAAACCAAACAAACUCCAAUUCCGACAACUGCUAAAAUAUGUCUUCUUCUUCCUCUCAUUCUUCAUCAAACUUUCCUUUGAAGCCAGUCCCAGGUAGCUAUGGCCUCCCUUUCUUCGGUGCUAUCAGAGAUCGUCUAGAUUACUUCUAUAACCAAGGCAGAGAUGAGUUCUUUGCUACCCGAAUUCAGAAAUACCAUUCAACCAUUAUCAAAAUCAAUAUGCCUCCUGGUCCCUUCAUUGCUCAAAACUCUAGAGUCAUAGCUCUCCUUGAUGCAGUCUCAUUUCCAGUUCUCUUCGACACUUCUAAAGUAGAAAAAAGGAACGUUCUUGAUGGAACUUUCUUCCCUUCAGUUUCUUUCACGGGAGGCUACCGUGUCUGUGCAUAUCUUGACCCUUCUGAGCGCAACCAUACCUCGCUCAAAACCUUCUUCCUCUCUAUCCUCGCUUCAAAGCACAGCACCUUCAUUCCGCUCUUUAGAACAUGCUUGUCACAGCUCUUUAUCGAUAUUGAAGACGAAAUUUCUUCUCAAAAGAAAGCAUCUUUCAACUCCUUGAGCGAUGCCAUAUCUUUCAGCUUUGUGUUUCGUCUCUUCUGCGAAAAAGAUCCCUCUACCACCAAGAUUGGAUCUAAAGGUCCAAAAAUGGUAGAUAAAUGGUUAGCUCUGCAACUAGCACCACUCGCAACCCUAAACCCAUCAAGUUUCUUGAAAUAUCUGGACGAUCUUUUGCUUCAUACAUUUCCAUUUCCAUUCUUCCUAGUAAAAUCUAACUACAAGAAGCUUUACGAAGCUUUCUACGAGCACUCAGCUCGGAUUCUUGACAAAGCUGAGAGUUUCGGGAUCAAAAGAGAUGAAGCUUGUCAUAACCUUGUGUUUCUUGCUGGUUUCAAUGCCUAUGGAGGCAUGAAAAGCUUCUUCCCCACGUUGAUCAAGUGGGUUGCACAAGCAGGAGAAAACUUACACACCCAACUCGCCCAUGAAAUCAGGACCGUCCUUAAGCAAGAAGGUGGAGUCACCUUCCAAGCCUUGGAUAAGAUGAUUUUGACCAAGUCAGUCGUUUAUGAAUCUUUAAGGAUUGAACCUCCGGUGCCGUUCCAGUACGGUAAGGCCAAGGAGGAUAUGGUGGUCCACAGCCAUGAUGCAUCCUAUGAGAUCAAGAAAGGUGAAAUGAUCUUUGGAUGUCAGCCGUUCGCUACAAAUGAUCCUAAAGUUUUUCAUAAUCCACGGGAGUUUGUGGGCCAUAGGUUUGUCGGAGAGGAGGCAGAAAAGCUACUGAAGUAUGUAUACUGGUCAAAUGAUCGUGAGACGAAAGAUCCAACGGUAGAAGAUAAGCAGUGUCCAGGGAAAGAUUUGGUGGUGCUCCUAGCUAGGGUUAUUUUGGUGGAGCUUUUCCUACGUUAUGACACGUUGAGAGUUGAGACGAAGAAGGGAAUUGGGUUGGAAUCAUCGGUGACGAUAACUUCGCUGACCAAGGCUACCAGCACUUAAUCAUGAUCGAAGAUCAAGUGCAAUUUGGCGAUGGAAGAGUUGAGUUCACGUGGGCUUGAGUUCAGCUGAUAGAAAUACAUUUAUAUAUUACCUCCUUAAAAUACAUUUAUAUGUUACUUCUAAUUAAUAAUAGUUAAGGUGGCUGGUGGAUAUUAUAAUUAUGUAAAAGAAAUAGCAAACAAAGAAUAAGAUAUUUCAUGCUUUAACAUUUAAAA